GUUGAUUAUCAGAGCACAGCUUUAACCCCCCUGCAGAAUAACAGCCCAGAAGCCCCUCCCCCCCUCUGCACUCUGCAGGCCAUGCCAUUUCUGGGAAAUCAGCCUGUUUCUCCUCUGUGCCGCCCACUGUUAAUAAACAAAGAUCCAGGGGAGUUUCUCUCAGACUAUAUAACGCCUGAAACUGCAUCCGUGCCUCAGAUGAUCACACACACCUUCACUUCUAGACUAAGGGAUGGCUGAAGCCAGCAGAACAAUAGAGGUGGCUGCACUCGGCCGGCCAUUCAGCCUCGGGAUGCUAUACGACUGCCGCCAAGAUUCACUCGUCCCUGGCAUGACACUGUGGGACUGUGAUGACUUGGAAAAAAAUACAAGAGAAAGACCACAACACAACAGUGAAUUUGAGAUAGUUGCUUCUGAAUCAAUUGAGGAUAAAUCCUCAGCGCUAACAGUUGAAGCCUCUCUAAAAGCAAGUUUUUUAGGGGGACUUGUUGAGGUUGAAGGAUCGGCCAAAUACCUGAAUGAUCAUAAGACUUCCAAAAAUCAGGCCAGAGUAACUCUGAAGUACAAAGCUACCACAAAGUUUCGGGAACUGUCGAUGAAUCACCUCGGAAGAGGCAAUGUGAAGCAUCCAGAUGUCUUUGACAAAGGAUUAGCAACACAUGUAGUCACAGGUGUCCUUUAUGGGGCACAAGCCUUCUUUGUCUUUGACCGUGAUGUCUCUGACAAGGAAGAUCAUCAAGACAUUCAGGGCAACUUGAAGGUGAUGAUAAAGAAGAUUCCCUGCUUUGCAAUUGAGGGUGAAGGUUCGCUGAAAAUGGAAGACAAGGACAAAGAACAUGUUGACACAUUCUCCUGCAGAUUCUUUGGAGACUUUUCAAUUCAGAAAUCUCCUACAUCCUUUCAGGAUGCAGUAGAAGUCUACCAAAGCCUCCCAAAAUUGUUGGGAGCCAACGGAGAAAACGCCGUACCAAUGAAGGUCUGGCUGUUGCCCCUGACAAGUUUAGAUUCUAAUGCUGCCAAACUUGUCCGUCAGAUAAGUAUAAGAUUAGUUCAAGAUUCACAGAGUGUCCUGGAGGAUGUUGGUGAGGUGGAAAUGAGGUGCAAUGAUGCACUGAGGACCACCACUGCUCAGCAGUUCCCACAGAUUGGCAAAAAGAUUAAAGGUUUUAAAGAAAUGUCCUGUGAGUUCAAGCUGGAAUUCCAACGAAUCUUGGCAAAGAAACUACCGUCAAUCCGAGGAGGAGGAGAAGAGGAGGCUGGGCUCGCAGAGAUCCUGAAGAGGAGACAUUCUUCUCCUUUCAACAGCAAAAACCUGCACGAGUGGAUGGACUGUAAAGAGAGAGAAAUCUGCAUGUUAAAGUCUUUCACCAACAUGAUGACCAACACCAAGAUUGUCCCUUCUCCAAAUGGUCUUCAUGAGGAAAUUCUCAGUGCUAAACAUGCUGUGUGUUUUGUUUUCACCUCACUUGGAAGUGAUGAACCGUACCUCUCAGCUUUAUUGAACUACUUAAAACAAACACCAGAAAACCCUCAAGGUGCACAUACCCAAGAUGUAGAGAAAGAACAAUGGUACCUUUCAAAGAAAGUAGCUGAUUCAUUGCGGAACAAAGCAAAGCUCUUUAGUGACUUUGCAGAGGCCAACAAAGAGAACAAGACCAUUAAGUUCCUGACAGUAGGUUCAACAAAUGAGACACACAAAGGUUCAAGCAUCUACCUUUAUAAAGAUGGCUUUUCUGUCAGUGAGGACUUUGAGCCGCCAUCAAAGCCUGAAACAGUGGCAGUAAGUGAUAUAAACCACAACAGUGUGACGCUGAGAAUCUCUCCACCCAGAUUUGGAGCAGAGGACAUCACCUCCUACUCUGUGGAGUACUGUGUCAGUGGAGAGAAGGGAUGGAAACAGAAGACAGCAUCAAAAGCUGAAGAAGUCUCAGUGAGCGAUCUGAGUCCUAACACAGAGUAUAUGUUCAGAUGUAGAGCAGUGACCUCAGUAGGUGUUGGGCCAGCCAAUGAAGUCCCUGGUUCCACUAAAACGUUACCUUGCAGCCCUCCUGGAAAAUCUGAAGUUGAACCAAAUUCAAGUGAGAUAUCAGUUAGCUGGGAGAAACCUGCUGAGCUUGGACAAGAUGUGCACAUUUUGAGCUACAUCGUGGAGUUUGCCAAAACAGACAACAGGGUUAAAGAGGAAGAUCUCAAAUGGAAGGAAAUGAUGGCAGGAGCUGAAAAGGCGAUCAUAUCAGGGCUUCAGUCAGAGACAGAAUAUGUUGUCAGAGUCAGAUGUGAUUGUGGUGUAUCUGGCAGAAGCAAAGAAAGCAUCUCUGUUAAUGUCCGCACAACAAAACGUGAAUUUGCACGCCUUGCCGAUUUUCUCAAACAUAUUAGCAAGAGAAUAAAUUCUGAAUCUCCAUCAGUUUACAAACUGCCUUUGGAAGAAGAAGAUAUGGAUGUCGAUGGAUGCCGGAGGUAUAACCUUGGCAAAGAAAGCAUGAGACAAAAUCGCACAAUAAUGCUUCUCGGAGCAACUGGAUCAGGAAAGUCCACUCUUAUCAAUGGAAUGAUCAACUACAUUGUUGGUAUAGAGUGGAAGGACAAUUUCAGAUUUCAAUUAAUCAAGGAGGAUCAGACGAGAUCCCAAUCUGAAAGUCAGACAUCUAAAGCCACUGUGUACAAAAUCAACUACCAAGAGGGGUUUAAAGUCCCCUUCUCUCUGACCAUUGUGGACACUCCAGGGUUUGGGGACACAAGAGGAAUAGGCAGAGACAGGGAGAUCACAGAGCAAAUCAGGAGGCUUUUUACCUCUGCUAAUGGGGUAAGUGAGAUUGAUGCAGUGUGUUUUGUUACCCAGGCCUCUCUUGCACGACUAACAGCAACGCAACGAUAUGUGUUUGACUCGGUACUCUCCAUUUUUGGCAAAGAUGUGGCAGAGAACAUUCAGAUGCUGGUGACUUUUGCAGAUGGCAAGCAGCCACCCGUUCUGGAGGCAAUAAGCGCCUCUGGGGUUCCAUGUCCAAAAAAUGAUAUAGGGCUUCCAGUUCACUUCAAGUUCAACAACUCUGCAGUGUUUGCAGAUAACAGAAGCAGCAGUGACAGGGCCUGUGAUGGGGAAUCUGAUGAGGAUGAUGCCAACUUUGAUGAAAUGUUUUGGAACAUGGGUGCCAAAAGUAUGGAGAAGUUCUUCACUGCUUUGAAAAAAAUAACGACCAAAAGCUUGCUCAUGACCCAAGAGGUUUUAAAAGAGCGAAAGCAUCUUGAAACAGCAGUUGAAGGUUUGCAACCGCAAGUUAAAGCUGGAUUAGCAAAACUUGAAGAAAUAAGGAUAACCAAAGAAAAGAUUAAAGAGCAUGAAACAGCCAUGACUUCAAAUGAAAACUUUGAGAUUGAGGUGGAUGUUAUUAAGCCAGUCAAAAAACAGCUCACAAAGAAAGGAGAGUACAUUACCAACUGCCAGAAGUGUUCAAUAACAUGCCACUAUCCGUGUGCGAUAGCAGAUGAUGACCAAAAACAUGGCUGUGCAUCAAUGGAUAGGACAGGGAGGUGCACUGUCUGCCCUGGUAAAUGCAUCUGGAAUGUGCAUUUCAACCAAACAUACAGCUGGGAGUAUGUUAGAGUAAAAGAGAAGCAGACACUGCUGGAGCUAAAAGACAAGUACAAAAAAGCUACACAAGAAAAGAUGACUGUUCAGGAAUUGAUUGAGAGGCAAGAGGAAGAGAUUGUUCACCUGCAAGACAUGAUCGUUUCCCUCAUGGAUCAGUCGGCUCAAUCUAUAACUCGUCUGCAAGAGAUCGCCCUGAGGCCUAACCCUCUGACCACUCCAGAGUACAUCGACAUGCUAAUUGAGGGAGAAAAGUCGGAGGCAAAAGAAGGUUACACGGCACGAAUUCAGUCUUUGGAGGCAAUGAAGGAAAAGGCAAAAAUCAUCUCCAGAGUAGCUAAACGAGACAAACUCACAAAAACAGAAGAAGAAUUGUCUGAAGAAAAACAGGAGAGAAAAGAAAAGAGAGGUUUCUUAAAGAGAGUUAUCAAUUUCUUUUGGUAUCAAUGAAAAACAUGCCAUGGCUGCAGCCAUGUGUUAAUAUAAACCAGAACAAAAGUGAGUUAAUGGUUGAAAAAUAAGUAAAAAAGAGCUGAGCAAUUGUAAGAGCAUUGAUAUGUUGUUCUUAACAUUAUGUGUACAUUUUCUGUUAUGAUGUAUCAUAUCUGUUAGGUAUAUGCUAUCAUUAUGUAAGUUAUCAUGCUAAAGUUAGCAUGAUAUACGUCAUGUUAGCACUUCAGAUUUGGCUACAUUGAAUGUGUAACAUAUGCGGACCGUUAGUGGAGCGUACGUGCCGCAGAAUUUAUCCUUAACCGACUUCACCUUCUGCACAUACGGCGUAGGAUUGUGAGUCACAGGCGAGACGGAGACCUUUUGCUUUAGGAUCGUUGUUCCUUCAGUUUUUGAAGCCGGCAAAGCGCUGUGAAACAUCCGUCUACUGC